AAUACAUGGAUAUGCGGCACGAAGGAUAAACUGUAACAAAGGGUCCGCGCGGUAUAUAAACUCCCCGGUGGAUCAUCUUCUCAGUUCGCCUCGCGUCUUCGGUCCUACAGCAAUAUGAAUUGCCACCAGUUAGCCAAGCUGGUCUUGGUGCUGUCGUGCCUCGGCAGCGAUGUCCUUGCUGGUCUCUUGCCAGGUGGUGGUGCCGGAGGAUAUCAGUAUAACCGACCUGGCAGCGGUGGAUUCGUUGGUGGCGGCGGAGGAUUUGUAGGCGGUGACGCCGGUUUCAACGUCGGAGGUGCCCGUACUGGCGGUGACUUCGGCGUCGGCAGUUAUAGAGGUGGAAGACCUACCCAGGUUUACGGCCCACCGGGCGGCGGAGGUGGCGACGCUUUUGGCAGACCAGGUGCUGCCGGUAGUGUAUUCGGAGGAUCAUCAUCGUCCUACAGAUACCCACAGUUUGGUGAUAGUAGUAGCGGUAGUUACCAGGACGGUGGUGUCGGAGGAUAUCAGGGAGGAGGAUUCGGAUAUGGUGGACGCGACGCUGGAAGGCCGCAGCCGUAUAGCUUCCAAUACGAAGUCGUCGAUCCGCCAAGUGGUAAUGAUUAUGCUCAACGCGAGAGCAGUGACGGCAAUGUUGUUCAAGGAGAGUAUAGAGUCCUGUUGCCAGACUCGAGGACGCAAAUCGUCCGCUAUAUGGCUGAUGACGUGAACGGAUACAACGCGGAUGUUCAGUACGAGGGACAGGCUCAAUUCCCCCGUGGAGGUGGUCCAGGAGGAUAUCAGGGAGGUGGUUUCGGCGGCGGUUACCAAGGAGGUAGAGGCGUUUUCGGGCCUGGAGGAGGUUUCGGUGGAGGCGGCUUUGUCGGAGGCGACGGCGCUAGCAAUCAAUAUUUGCCUCCACGUAACGCUUACCGCAAAUAAGCAACGUCCGACAUGGGCUCUACCUUGCCAAAAUAUGACAUAUAUCGCGCGCACUUUCGGUGACAACCAUUACGGACCUCCCUCGUUUAUGGCUUUUAUUCGGAGAUAUUGUAAUUCCAUUCCCCUUCCGCCCUUCUCCUACAUACACACAUACACGCACGCAUACAAAUAUACACACUACCUACUCCCCAAUAUCAUUUGCACAUCAGAUAAUGACUUUCAUUCAUAUAACAGUUAUUACACAAGGACUAAUUAAGAUAACUUCAUACUAUGCAUGCGUGCAUGUGUGUGUGUGUGUGCGUGUGUGUGUGUAUGCGUAUUUAUAUAUUAUAUAUGAUAUAUAUAUAUAUAUAUAUAUAUAUAUAUAUAUAUAUAUAUAUAUAAUAUAUAUAUAUAUAUAUAUAUAUAUAUAUGAUUUUUGUAUAUGAUAAAUGUAUUAUCGAACAUAUAUACGCUUGUACCUUUCGCUGAAGCGAUUGAGAAACUCUCAUAUUAUGUACGUAUUUAUACAAGCUUGUAGUAAAACAUAUAUAUACGAA